AUGGUUGCACAUCGACUCUGGAAUUUGGAUAACUAUUGUAGUAAUAAUUAUCAGAAUGAUUUAAUUAAAGAAUUUCCAAAAAUCGAAAUAAUUUAUGAAAGCGAUAAUAACCAACAACAACAACAACAACAACAACAACCAUUAUACUAUAGAUUAAAAAAAGAAAAAGAAGUAGAACCACAAAGAAUCGGUUGUAAUCCCUUAAAAAGAUUAGACAAAGAAUUAACUAGACCAAUUAAACAACUGUUAAUGAUUGAUAAUGGCAAUAAUAAUAGUAAUAAUAGCAAUAUAAAUAAUUGUGAUACAAUUAAUUUAAUUAAAGAAAUUAGAAAAUUAAAAUUAAAUAUCGAUAUAAAUACAGUAAUUUUAAAUAACCAUAAUAUAAACAGUAAUACUUUAAUAAGCGAUGUAGUUAACGAAUUACCAAAAACACCAGUUAUUGUUGGUUUAUCAAAUGAAUCUUCAAAUAAAAUUUUAGAAUUUUUAGAAAAAGAAUCAAAUCCAUUAUUCCCAUUUACUAUUUUAAAUUUAGAUUCAAAUAAAGAAAUUAAAAAACUUCGAAACUUGACCGAUAUCUAUAUAUUAAAGGAUAGCAAAAAAGAUAAUAGUAAUAAUAAUAACAACAUCUAUAGUAACAAUAGCAAUAUCAGACAAGUAAUUUCAUCAGACAACUUUAAUCAUUCGACUUUAAACAUUUUAGAAAAAGAAAUAGAAUAA